GGCGAGUGCAUGCAACCCCCAUCUCACGGUGGAGCCGAGGGUCUUUACAGCUGUUAUAUUGCUUUGUGCCAACAGAUGAUGGUUAAUAUUGCAUCAGCUUUGCAAUUUCACCGAUCGACCGAAGGAGCAGAUGCACUCAUCGCAGCGGCGUUAGUAAAUAACCCUCGGCGCCUGACAAAGGGAGAGAAGGCGGUGAACUUGUAGACACUUAAAACGUCAUCUGCAAUAGUAUCCCCCCUCCCCUCACUGUAUAUCUCUCCGCGACCCAGAGACGGGGAGCAGAAAGUGAAGGAGACGCUGUGGCCGGUACUGUAACUACGAAACAUCUGAAAUCUGAUGCAGAUUCUUUGGUGUUUAAUUCCUGCGAUUUCACGGUUUUCUAAAACCUCGCCUUUCUGCCUCUUGGAAUUGCAACAGAACGUUUUUCCUCUUUUGUCUCCAGCCCUCCUUCCCAUUUUUUUCCAGGUUUCUAAGGCCGGACGAUUAUUUCUUGCGCGGAGACACUUUUGUGGAGGAGAGUAGGGUACUUGCAGUUUCUCCCUCUUCGCCGGAGAUCGCCCCGGGCAUCGGUGCGAUUUACUUGAUGGGCUCACGCCUAUGCGACUGGGCAGGACCUCCAGAGUAACCGGACACGGGGACUUCCUCUGAGUUUUAAUAAAGUUGAUCGGAAAGGGCAGCGUCAGACAAAAGCAUCGACAACAUCAGAAAGGACAUCGUCGUGGAAAGGGCGAUCGCCGGCCAGUUGCGGAUGCGCUCUUCUGGAGCGGUUUCUUCUUAGGCGUUUACAUGCGAUGGCCGCGUCUGGGGGACCGAAGGCACCGAAGAGCGAUAAGUUGGACGAGGCGCAGGCGCUGGCCAGGAACUGCGCCGGCAGACCAGACUUUCUGCCGUGCGACGGGCUGUCUAUCUGCGCCACGCACAGCCACGGAAAGUGCUUCAAGCUGCACUGGUGCUGCCACUUGGGUUGGUGCCACUGUAAAUAUGUGUACCAGCCUAUGACCAGCGUGUGCCAGCUGCCCAGUACGGUGGUGCCCCCGACUCCCGCUGACUACACUGACACCAUCAGUCUCUCCGCCUCGCUGGCUGAGCGCUUCCUCAGGACGGCUCCCUGCUUCCGCGCCCCUCCUUGCCCCGAGUCACCCAAGUAUUGCAUCAUUGCUGACCUCUUCAUCGACGACUAUGUGGUCAAACGCAUCAACGGCAAGAUGUGUUAUGUGCAGCGCCCCCCGCCUCCGACGCCGGCCCCUCCCCCGCCACAGGAGCCCCCCCAGCAACCCCCCGAGCCAGCCGAUAGAGAUCCCAAGCUCGCCCCUGGUGAGGAGGUCAGCGGGCCCAAAAUGGACCACUGCUCUUCCCCUUCCAGCUCCGAGGACUCCGGCAUCAAUGCGCUCGGCCUGCACUACAUGGAGUCGUGUGACGACGACACAGAAGAGGAGGAGGAAGAGGAGCGAGAUGAGCUGAGCACUGAUGGAGACUCCUAUCCCGGCAGCCUGUGGGACCAAGACGAGUGCACUCUGCUGUCUCCAUCCAAGUCCAUGGUGGAGAUCAUCGAAAAGAUCGAAACAACUGUGUGACAGACUCCGCCCCUUCUCCCCAAAAUUCAGUCACGGUCCGUCUCCCCCUGACUCAUAUCUGACGGUGGUUUCGCUUUCCAUUUAUUGGAACCAAUGGUUUUGGGACUGAGACGGCAGACUCUGAGCACAAAUAAUUAUUACAAGUUGGCAUUGAAGCAGCACCUCUUGGCUUUGGUAGACUGUCCCUCUACCCUCUGUAUUACAUAAUAACGCCUCAUGGCAUCCACCCGAGGGUUUCACUGUGUCCCCUGGACCCUCCACCCAAAGUCCCCAGCAUGGUUUUCCGACAGAGACCCUGUAGCAUGGUCUCAUAUCCCCAGCAGUGGUCGGGCUUUAUGCUCGACAGAGAGCGCCCUCAUGCACGCAUGCACACUCGCGCAUGCAUGCGCACUCGGGCCCAGCAUAUGGCCCGUGAGCGCCUCAGUAGCCUGCCUUCAGUAUAUGGUACGCCAGCUGGGAGCUCUUUGGAUGAAGCGAGAAAAUGGAAGCGCGUGACGUCCACAUCCCAGAAAAAGAGUCACAUCGAAAUUCAUUAGGGUGUGCCCUGCACAUCAUUCCUGCUUUACUUACAAUUAUCUUGGCAAAAUUAGAUUUUAAUGAUGAACAAAAGAAUUCCUUUUUUUUUGACAAUCAAAGAAUAAUGAAGCCUAAGAACAGCCCCCCCUUGCAGGUCAAUCUCAACACUGGCUAGAUCAAUUCCCAGUGCGCAGCGUAAGCGCAGGCACAAGGCCGGCGGGCAUGCCUUCCUGUUUAAGCACACUCUAUACCUGUGGUGCAGGCACCGUGCUGUCUUUUCAGCUUGAGGGCUGUGUAGUUCUUCCACACCUUGUGGCCAUUACCGGAUCCUAGCCGGAACAUCUGCGGCCUCUUUGAAAAGACUGAGUCAUUCGGAGAAGGAGGCUGCCGAAAGGAUCCCAGUGAGGCUCGUAGGCAAGCGCUCUGUUUACGCCAGCGCUGCCCAUCGAGGCAGCCAAGCGUCUCUCCUUACUGUUUUAGCACAAAACCCUCACAUCCACAAGCACAGAACUUGCACCUCGGUCUCCAGAGUUCUAGAAAGCUUCAGGGCUGUUCUGGAAUGGCCAAUCUCCAGGAACACCGAGAACUCCGACCGCAGGAGACGGGGAACACCUUCAGCUCAAUCUCCUCGUCCUGCUUGGUGGGGCAAAGAGGAGGACAACAUUUUCCAGGAUUAUAUAAAGAAAUACAAAGCUAACAGACGCACACAUGACAUCACAUCUCAACGUUGGUUUUACAAAAGCCAGUUUUCUUAUGACCCUUAUUGUUCGUACUCUUAUUUUCUUAUAAAGAAAUAUAUUACAGAAGUUCACUGUCUGGUGUACGUGUGUGAAAAUGUUCUGCGGCUUCCAUCAUGAAAACACCGGCUGGCUGUCUGCUGGCGUCUAAAUGAACCUUUUAGUCUACACAUCCUAUAUGAUACCUUGCUAAUUCAUUUUCAAUGUACGACUCUGCCUUCCCACCAAAUUAAUUAUCUGCCGUUAUAAUAAGACUAAUGACCGCUCCCAUUAAACUGUUGUAACAUCACGUUUUAUGCCAAAUUGCAUUGUAGCGCUAUGGCGAAGUACCCAUUCUGCCAAGGUGAAAUUCCCUUAAUCUGUGAUACAUCGAAUCAGGUAAAUAAAAUAUCUUUGUACGGUG